CUCAACAUGGCGGAAGCCCGCCGCGGAGGGCCCGAGAAACGGUUGCAGUGGCACAGGAUGACCAGAGACCCUCCUGGAAUGAGCAGCCACAGGGGCCUUUAUGCUCACUAACAGGCACCUCCAUGGAGACAGGCAGCGCCAACAUCAACACUAUGAGGCCCCAGUCCUUGCAGCUUGUACUGGAGGAGCAGGUGCUGGCCCUGCAGCAACAGAUGGCAGAGAACCAGGCCAUCUCCUGGAGGAAGCUGAAGAGCUCCCAGGAGGCACAGCAGAGGCAGGCAAGCUUGGUGAGGAAGCUACAGGCCAAGGUGUUACAGUACCGAAACUGGUGCCAAGAUCUGGAGAAGCGGCUAGAAGCCACUGGGGGAUCACUCCCUCAGAGGUGGGAAAGCGCAGACGAACCAAACCUGGAACAGCUGCUAAUGCGACUGGAGGAGGAGCAACAGAGGUGUGAGAGUCUAGCUGAGGUAAAUACCCAACUUCGGCUGCACGUCGAGAAAGCAGAUGUGGUAAAUAAAGCCCUUCAAGAAGAUGUGGAAAAAUUAUCAGUGGACUGGAGUCGGGCCCGGGACGAACUCAUUAGGAAGGAGAGCCAGUGGCAUAUGGAGCAAAAGUUCUUCAAGGGCUACCUGAAAGGGGAGCAUGGUCGUCUCCUUGGUCUGUGGCGGGAGGUGGUAGAUUUUCGACGCCGCUUUCUGGAAAUGAAGUCAGCCACAGACAGAGAUCUGAUGGAGCUAAAGGCAGAACAUGUGAAGCUCUCUGGGUCCCUGUUGACCUGUUGUCUGCGCCUAACUGUGGGAACACCAUCGAGAGAUCCCAACAGUUCUGGAAAACAGGAUGGGAAAGAACCAACGCAGGUGCUGCUGCUCCUGGCCAGGACCCAGGAGCUGGAGAAGGAAGCCCAUGAAAGGAGCCUGGAACUGAUUCAGCUUCGGAGUCAGGGGGAGCUGGAAAAGACCGAACUCCAGGACAGGGUGACUGAGCUCUCUGCUCUGCUGGCCCAGUCCCAGAAGCAAAGUGAAGAUCAUGAACAGAUGGUAAAGGCUCUGAAAGAAACCAUGGAAAUCCUGGAGGCAAAUCAUGCAGAGUUCAUGGAGCAUGAGGCAUCUCUUAGUAGGAAUGCCCAAGAGGAGAAGCUGUCUUUACAGCAGGUGAUCCAGGAGAUUACCCAGGCUGUGGUGGAAGAAAGUGACAGUAUGACCCAAGACAAGAGUCAAGAGAAGUCCCUGGAAAUGGAUGCUGAUUGCCUCUCCUUCCAUACUGAUUCUGGAGACUCGGAUAAGGCCUUGACUCUGGUGCGCUCUGUGCUGACACAGAGGCGCCAGGCUAUGCAGGAUCUUCGACAGCAGCUCUCUGGAUGUCAGGAAGCCAUGAGCCUCUUGAAGCAGCAGCAGAAUCGCUGGGAGGAAGAGGGCGAGACCUUGCGGGAGCAACUCCAGAAGCUCAGCGGGGAGCGGGACAGUCUGGCUGGGCAGACUGUGGGCCUCCAGGAAGAGGUGGAUGCCCUCAGCAAGGAGCGAGGGCUCCUGCAGAAAACCAGGGCAGAGCUGCAGCAGCAGCUGGAGAUGCUGGAGGAGGAGGCAUGGCGGCUUCGAAGGACCAACAUGGAGCUGCAGCUGCUGGGGGACUGUGCCCAGGGUGAAAAGGAGGAGCAGCAGGAGGCACUGCAACUGGCCCUCCGAGAGAGGGAGCGCCUUCAGGAGACCCUGGUGAGCCUGGAAGCCAAACAGUCAGAAUCACUCAGUGAGCUGAUCUGUCUACGGGAGUCUCUGGAGUCCAGUCACCUGGAAGGGGAGUUGCUGAGACAGGAGCAGACAGAAGUGACCGCAGCACUGGCCAGGGCAGAACAGUCCGUGAUGGAGCUGUCGAGCUCUGAGAACAGCCUGAAAGCUGAGGUAGCUGAUCUUCGGGCAGCAGCUGUCAAGCUCAGUGCCUUGAAUGAGGCCUUGGCCUUAGAUAAAGUUGAACUGAACCAGCAGCUUCUCCAGCUGGAACAGGAGAACCAGUGUAUGUGCAGCAGAGUGGAGGCGGCAGAGCAGGCGAGAAACACUCUCCAGGCAGAGCUGGCAGAGGCAGAAAGGAGCAGGGAAGCUCUGUGGGAGAAGAACUCGCACCUGGAGACACAGCUACAAAAAGCGGAGGUGACCGGAGCUGAGCUGCAGGCAGAUCUCCAAGACCUCCAAGAUAAGAAGGAAGAGAUACAAAAGAGAUUGAGCAAGGCAUGUCAUCAGCAGGAGGCAGCCACCACUCAGCUGGAGCAGCUGAAUCAGGAGACCCAGCGGGGGGAAGAAAUGCUGGCCCGGACCCUUCAGGAGAAGGAGGCCCUUGUUCGGGAGAAAGCAGCUCUAGAAGUUCGACUGCAGGCUGUGGAGCGGGACCUGGAGGCCCUCUCCGAACAGCUGCUGGGGCUCAGCUCUGCCAAGGAACAGCUGGAGAGCAGUCUGUUUGAGGCCCAGCAACAGAGUUCUCUCAUCGAGGUCACCAAGGGGCAACUGGAGGUCCAGAUUCAAACUGUCACUCAAGCCAAGGAAGUAAUCCAAGGAGAAGUGAGGUGCCUGAAGCUGGAACUUGACACGGAACGGAGCCAGGCUGAGCAGGACCGUGCUGCAGCAGCCCAGCAGCUGGCUCUGGCUGAGCAGGAGAGACGGGCUGCCCUACAGCAGAAACAGGCAGCCCAUGAAGAGGAGGUGAAAUGGCUCCAGGAGAAGUGGGAGAAAGAGCGUGCCUGGCACCAGCAGGAACUAGCUACGGCUCUGGAGGGUCUAGAGAAGGAGAAAGCGGAGCUGGAAAUUCAGCUCCGGGAGCAGCAGGCAGAAAUGGAAGCCUCUCGGAAACAGAGGGAAGAAGAACGGGCUGAGGCUGAGAGUGCCCUGUGCCAGAUGCAGCUUGAGACAGAGAAGGAGCGGGUGUCACUCCUGGAGACGCUGCUGAGGACCCAAAAGGAGCUAGCAGAUGCUGGCCAACAGCUGGAGCAGCUGAGGCAGGACAUGAAGGCUCAGAAGUUAAAAGAACAGGAGACCACAGGGAGGUUGCAGGCACAACUCCGGGAGGCCCAGCAGGAACUGGCACAGGCAGCACAGCAGCACAGAGCCAACCUGGCUGCCCUCCAGGCAGAGGGCCACACCCUGCUGCAGAAUAAGAGAGAGCUGCAAGAGCAGUUGGAGAACUUGAAGUCUCAGCUGGUGUUCAAGGAUGAUUCCCAGAGGCUGGUGGAACAGGAGGUUCAGGAGAAGCUGAGAGAGGCUCAGGAAUUCAGCAGAAUUCAGAAGGAGCUGGAAAGAGAAAAGGCCAGCCUGACACUGUCGCUGGUAGAAAAGGAACAGAGACUCUUGAUUUUACAAGAAGCUGACUCUGUCCGACAGCAAGAGCUGAGCUCCCUGUGCCAGGACAUGCAGGAGGCACAAGAAGGGCAGAAAGAGCUCAGUGCCCAGGUGGAUUUACUGAGGCAGGAGGUGAAGGAAAAGGAGGCUGACUUUCUGGCCCAGGAAGCCCAGCUGCUGGAGGAGCUCAAGUUAGCUCGGGUCACAGAGCAGGAACUGCGGUCUUCCUUGUGGGCCGAGGAAACCAAGACAGCCCAGCUGCAGUUGCAGCUGCAUGAUGCCGAGAGCCGGCUAGAGGCUCUGGCCGAGGAACAGCAGCCCUGCUACCAAGCCCAGGCGCAGCUGGCCAGCCUCUACUCCGUCCUGCAGCAGGCCUUGGGCGCAGCAUGUGAGAGCAGGCCUGAGCUGAACGGUGGAGGAGACUCCGCACUCUCUCUCUGUGGGCCUGAGCCAGACCUGAAUGGAAUGAGGCCGCUCUUCAGGAGAGGGCCCCCGCUGACUGCACUCACUACUGAGGCUGUGGGGUCUGCUCUCCGUAAGCUGCAUCAGGACCUGUGGAGGACUCAGCAGGCCCGGGAUGAUCUGAAGGAUCAGGCCCAAGAGCUGGAGCAGCAGCUCACCACUGCAGAGGCUGAGAAAAGCCGGACUCUCACAGAACUGCAAGAUCUGCAGCAGCAGCUCUCACAGAGCCAAGAAGAGAAGUCCAAGUGGGAAGGAAAGCAGAAGUCCCUGGAGUCUGAGCUGACGGAGCUGCAGGAAACAGUGGCGUCCUUACAGGGCCGCCUCCAGCAGGCAGAGCUGCAGGGAGUGGAGGCCCAGAAUGAGCGGGAUGUGCUUCUGGCAGGCAAGGAAAGCCUGAUGACCCAGGUAGCACAGCUGCAGACAUCAGUGGCAGAAGCCAGGGCGCAGGCCACUGCUGCCACAGCCCUGGAGGAAGAUCUGAGGAUGGCUCGCUCGGCCCUGAAACUGAAACACGACGAGGCAGAGAGUGAGCGAGAGAGAGCAAAGGCCCUGCAAGAGCAGGGCGAACUGAAGGUGGCUCAAGGGAAGGCUCUGCAGAAGAACUUGGCAGUCCUGACCCAGAGCCUGUUAGAUAAAGAAAAGGAGGUAGAGAUUUUGCAGGGGAAACUACAGGAGCUGGAGACACAACGAGAGGUGCAGAAAACUGCUUUGGAAGUGCUAUCUCUGGACCUCAAGAAGAAGAACCAAGCGGUGGACCUGCAGCAGGAACAGAUUCAGGAACUGGAGAAGUGCAGGUCUGUGCUAGAACAUCUGCCUUUGGCUGUCCAGGAGAGAGAGCAGAAGCUGACUCUUCAGAAGGAGCAGCUCAAAGAGCUGGAGAAGGAGCGAGAGAUGCAGAGAAGUAUCCUGGAGCAUCAACUUCUAGAACUCGAGAAGAAGUCCCAGGUGAUUGUGUCCCAGCAAGAGCAGAUCCAGGACCUCAAGAAGCAGAUGGUGACUCUGGAGUGCUUGGCCCUCGAACUUGAAGAAAAUCAUCACAAAAUGCAGUGCCAGCAAAAGGCCAUGGAGGAGCUGGAAGGCCAGCGGGAGAUACAGAGGGUGGCUAUGACCCACCUUACACUGGACCUGGAAGAAAGGAGCCAGGAACUGCAGGUGCAGAGCAGCCAGAUUCGGGAGCUGGAGAACCACAAUGCCCUGCUAGCCCGAGAGCUCCAAGAGAAGGACCAAGAGGCCAGGUCCCAGCAAGAUCAGGCAGAGGAGCUGCAGAGGCAGAAAGAACUACUGACUCGGGAUCUGGAGCAGAGGAACCAAGAGCUGGCAUUGCAGAAGGAACGGAUUCAGGUCCUGGAAGAUCAGAGGACCCGGCAGACCAAGAUCCUUGAGGAGGACCUAGAACAGAUCAAGCUUUCCUUGAGGGAGCGAGACCGGGAGCUGGCAUCUCAGAGGCAGCUGAUGCAGGAGCGGGCAGAGGGAGAGAAGGGCCAGAGCAAAGCCCAGCGAGGUAGCCUCGAGCACAUGAAGCUGAUCCUGCGUGACAAGGAGAAGGAGGUGGAGUGCCAGCUGGAGCAUAUUCAGGAGCUUCAGAAACACAAGGACCAGCUGGAGCAGCAGCUUCAGGGCCUGCACCGGAAGGUAGGGGAGACCAGCCUGCUGCUGACCCAGCAGGAGCAGGAGCUGGUGGUCUUGCAGCAGCACCUGCAGGAAGCCCGGGAGGAGGGAGAGCAGCAUGCACAGUCACUGAAGAUUCAGCUGGACGAGGCGCAGAGAGACCUGGCCCAGAGGGAGCAGGAACUCAAGACCUUGAAGUUCCAGCAGCAGCAGGCCCAGGGAAAAGAGACGGAAGCGAAGGAAAAGGCACAGACGCUGCAAAGAGCUCUGGAGCAGUCGCAGGCGAGCCUGAAGAAGCACCAGGAAGAGCUUGAUGACCACAAGGAGCACAGGCAGAGGCUUAAGGAGAAGCUAGCCAUGGAGGGCCAGCGGGUGCAAGCCCUGGAGGAGGUGUUGAGUGACCUGAGAGCUGAGAGUCUGGAGCAGGAGAAAGCUCUGUUGGCCUUCCAGCAGCAGUUUGCCGAGCAGGCCCAGGAGCAUGAGGUGGAGGCCAGGACCCUACGGGACAGGUGCCUGCAGGCAGAGGCCAAGCUCCAGGAAAGGGACCAGGAGCUGGAGGCCCUUCGAGUUAUUGGCCAAUCUGCCCAGCUUCGAGAGGAAACUGCCCAGAGCCAGGCAGAGGCCCUGCAGGACGCCCUCAGUCAGGCUCAGGCUGCCUUGCAGGAGAAAGAGGAGCAUCUCCUGGGACAGGCAGAGUUGCGGCGCGGCCUGGAGGCCAGCACUGCCACCCUGCAGGCUGCCCUGGAAUCCUGCCAGGCACAGGCCAGGCAGCUGGAGGAGGCCCUUGGCAAGCAGGAACAGGAGAUCCAGGACCAGGAACGUUGUCACCAAGAGGUUGUGCAGCAGCUCCAGCAGGCACUUGUGCAAAAGGAGGACGAGCUGGCACAUGAGAAAAAACAGGGGCAGCUGCUGGAGAUGACUCUGGCCCAAAGGGAUCAAGAGAGUGUGAUCCAAGCACAGUGGAAUCCAGGGCAGGAGAGAGAAGAGGAUGAGACAAGGAACCUCCGUGAGCACCUAAGGAAGCUGCAGCAGACUCUAGCCCAAAAAGAACAGGACAUCCUGGAGUUGCGAGAGGCUCAGCACAGGAAGAUUUUGGGAGACUCACCUCAGAAAGCCUCCCCAGGGGAGGCACCGGGUCUAAAGUUAGAUGCUCUACAAUCCAAAUUGCAGAAGGAGUUGGACCGACUACAAGUAGCCCUGAGGCAGACAGAGGCCAGGGAGAUUGAGUGGAGGGAGAAGGCCCACGACUUGGCUCUGGCCCUGGCCCAAAGCAAGGUCAAUGUCAGCCAUCUGCAGGAGGUCUCCAUGUCUCUCCAAGCCUCCAUCCUGGAGCGUGAUUCCAAACAGCAGAGGCUACAGGAAGAGUUGGAGUUCAUCAAACAGGGUCUGGAGCAGGAGCGGCUCCACAGCCCUGGCCCAGCUGGCAAAGCAGAGCAGAGGCACCAAGGAGAGGUGGGUGCCCAACAGGGAGAGGUCUCGGAUAUGGAGCUGCAGCAGUCCUGGGGACAGAGGCUGGAGCACCUGCAGCAGGCGGUGGCACAGCUGGAGAUUGACCGGAGCCUGCUACAGCAUCACAACAUACAGCUGCGGGCUGCCUUGGAGCAGGUGGAGCGAGAACGGAGGAAGCUAAAGCGGGAUUCCCUGCGCACCUCCCAGAAGAGCGUUCUAGAGGAUGGGCACGGAGGGCUGAAGGGAGCCUCAGAAGCCAAGCACAUGGCUGAGCUGCAGAAAGAGGUGGCCCUUCUGCGUGCCCAACUGGCUUUGGAGCGGAAGCAGAAGCAGGACUAUAUCGCCCGCUCAGUGCAGACCAGCCGGGAACUCGCUGGCCUCCACCACAGCCUCUCCCACUCACUGCUUGCCGUGGCCCAGGACCCCGAGGCCACUGUGUUGGAGGCCGAGACCCGCAAGCUGGAUGAGUCCCUGACUCAGAGUCUGACGUCCCCUGGGCCAGCCCUGCUCUACCCCAGCCCCAGCCCCAGCCCUGCCGCUGCCACUUCCAGGUAGCAGCCGCCACCAGGGCAGGAGAGCAGUCAGUCUCGCUGUAAGGAAAAUUUGUUCCCUGCCUGGAAGCUGGUGCAGC